AACCGAUUUUUGUAUUUUCACUUCUCCUUCCACUCCAAUCCGCUACCGCGUAAAUUGAUAAUGGGAAGCAGCGCCCCCGCCGCCAACGGCGCCGUAGACAAGGGCGUUGAUUUCGCCAACUAUUUCUGCACCUAUGGCUUCCUCUACCACCAGAAGGAGAUGCUCUGCGACCGCGUUCGGAUGGACGCCUACUACAACGCCGUUUUCCAGAACAAGCACCAUUUCAAGGGAAAGGUUGUUUUGGAUGUAGGAACUGGAAGCGGAAUUCUUGCUAUAUGGUCUGCACAAGCUGGUGCAAGGAAAGUCUAUGCAGUAGAAGCCACUAAGAUGUCCGAACAUGCGGGGGAACUUGUCAAAGCAAACAAGCUCCAGGAUGUGGUUGAGGUGAUCGAGGGAUCGAUGGAGGACAUUGUGCUGCCGGAAAAAGUUGAUGUAAUAAUUUCAGAAUGGAUGGGAUACUUUCUUCUACGUGAAUCAAUGUUUGACUCGGUACUCUUUGCGCGGGAUCGCUGGUUGAAUCCCGGUGGUGUCAUGUAUCCCAGCCAUGCCCGAAUGUGGAUGGCUCCUAUCAGGUCAGGGUUGGGUGAUCAGAAAAUGAGAGAUUAUGAUGGAGCAAUGGAGGAUUGGUCUGGUUUUGUCAAGGAGACAGAAGCUUGUUAUGGCGUAGACAUGAGUGCUUUGACAAAACCAUUUGAGGAAGAACAAAAGAAAUAUUAUUUGCAGACAUCACUCUGGGACAACCUUCAUCCAAACCAAAUUAUCAGUACACCUGUGAUCAUCAAGGAGAUUGACUGCUUGACAGUUACUGUUGAUGAUAUACGCGAUGUUCGUGCAAACAUUUCCACAUCCAUCACAGAAGAUGCAAGAUUAUGUGGCUUUGGUGGAUGGUUUGAUGUCCAUUUUCGAGGAAGCGAUAAGAGUCCAGCUCAAAAGGAGGUUGAGUUAACAACUGCCCCACAUGAAGAUCUUGGCACGCAUUGGGGCCAGCAGGUGUUCUUACUGCAUCCUCAUCGGAACGUUCUAUCUGGUGAUGAGUUGAAAAUUAAUUUCUUAAUGACUCGCUCCAAGGUGAAUCACCGGUUGAUGGAAGUUGAUCUUAACUGUGAGUUUAACCGGGCAUCUGGAAAACCAGUGCCUCCGGUACAAAAGAAGUUCUACAUUGAGUGAGCCUGCCAUCUGCUGGUACAUCUCAUCAGAUGUUCUUGGCUUGAAAUUUUGACUGAGGUCCGUUUUCAGCAUCAUCUUUGGCUAUGUGAUAUGUUGGUGUUUGUUUGUAAGACUCUACUAGGAGAUGCAAUUAGAGUAAGUGGUAUUGGACUCAAAAGGCUCAACGUACUGCACGUUCUCUGGUGCGAGUGGGCUGAUGCCCGGAGCCCACUCAAGGGUAAAAGGGUAAGGGUCUCAUGUGAGGAAUUAGUUGUAUCUAGCAUCUCCCAAGAGGGGGGCAGUUUUGUCUUUUUAUUUAAAGGAUUACCUUUUUAUUUUUAAACAAUUGCUAUCCAACUAGUUUGGCAGUUUGAAAAUGAAUGAUUUUAUAUUGUUAUUA